CGGAAUCCUCGUGAAGACUGCUGGUGUAUGGCAGGCGAAUAUUUUCAUCGGUGACAAGAAAAACUCCGCUGGAUUUAAACACUGAUACCUUCGUAGCAGAUCCAGGGUGCGAGAUCAUCACCAAGGAACCAAAUCCAAGUGGAGUAUACGCUGAAAACAAACUGUCGUGCAGCAAGUACGAAGCCACAAGCCAUUGUUUCAACGGCGUCUUUUGUUCGUUUGCUGAGCUGCGAUCGUGGGAAGGCUUGUUGUCCCUGUACCGGGUUCUGUCUGCCCACAUCACUUCCGUGCCAUUUUGUCGAAGAUUUCCUACGUGACUAUUGAGUUUAGAAGUUCACUGAUCAACGUUUGCUAACAUGAAGUCUAUAUCUACCUAAAAAAGCUUGCUUUACGUUUUUAAACAUCGAAAUCCGUUCAGUAUUUGUGCAAAUUCGGACGCCGUCCUGUCGAACUAUCUACACACAGCCAUAUUGGAUUUUUAAUAUUAAUCGAGUGUAGCGUCCAUUGUAAAAUCCACACAGUAUACGGACUCUCUGAAACUGACUCCCUAGUGCUCACCGGAACAGUGAACACAGCUGCAUCUUACAGAUUCUGCACAUUUUGAGACAGUUUACCUGUAUGUGUGUCGAAUUUUUAAAAUUGAAAUGAAUGAAUGGACCUAGUCUGCUGCAUGGACUUGUUCAUGUCUGAUCUCGCCAGUCUAUUCAUUGCGUUGGAAUACAUUAUCUGGUUACAUGGACAAUUGAAUGUGUUUUCUAGUUCGGACGUAUAUAUUUUUUAAUAAUACUUUUAUUUAAAACGCACAGAACGGUAUUUAUUGCCCACAGUCUGUGCGCAACUGAUGAGGUGAAAAGUAUUCUUGUCUCGCGCGCCGGUAGCGUUGAUCGUCGUAAACCAGGAAGUAGCAGCCAUGUUGCUCUGAGUGUGUAAACAAACACGAGAGAGUUUAAAUGAUGGCGCUUGCUUUUGACUUGCGUACGUUUUGUCAGAACCUGCGAGCUACCAAGCCGCCGUACGAAUGUCCGGUGAAAGAAUGCGCCAGAGUGUACAAAAGUUACUCUGGUAUGGAAUAUCAUUUAUAUAAUUUUGAUCAUGAUAAUCCUGGCAAUAACAACAACAAUGCAACCAAACCAACCAGUGACGCAAAAGGUGCUUACAGGAAGGGGAAAUAUCAUCAUAGAAGUAAAAGAAGAUCUCCUUCACCCCCACCAUCAACAAUAGCAGUUGCUGCAGCAGUGGCAGCAUCCCCUCCAAUCUUGCCUUCCUCACCACCGCCUGUUGAAUUUGUGCGAUCACCAACAAGAGAAGCUCUGACAUAUGCACAGGCUCAGAGAUUAGUUGAAGUUGACAUAGAAGGCCACACACAUAGACUUGAUAUAUAUGAUCCUAUUGAAGUAAUGACUCAAGACGAAAUGGAAAAGACAGAACCUGAUGCUAAGGAAGAGACCAAAGAAAAAUCUACUUCUAAAGGGAAAUGCAAAGAGUCUGGAAAAGUCAGAAAAGAAACCAGUUCUUCCAUAUCAACUAAACUGCCAGAAGCCUCGUUUCGUGUUCUGGACGAGUAUAUUGAUCCACCUGAUGCUCCUAAAAGACCAGCUGCCUACUAUAGGUAUAUUGAAAAAUCGGUUGAUGAACUUGAUGAUGAAAUAGAGUACGACAUGGAUGAAGAAGACUAUGCAUGGUUAACCAUGAUCAAUGAUAAACGCAAGACUCAGACCUUGCAUUCAGUGACACAAGAAGUAUUUGAAACUUUAAUGGACAGAUUGGAAAAAGAGUCGUACUUUGAAAGUCAGACAUCUGGCAGGGGAGAUCCUAACUUGUUCAUAGAUGAAGAUGCCGUGUGUUGUAUAUGUAGUGAUGGUGAAUGUCAAAACAGUAAUGUUAUUCUCUUCUGUGAUAUGUGUAAUUUAGCUGUACACCAGGAAUGCUAUGGUGUUCCGUACAUCCCUGAGGGACAGUGGUUAUGUCGGAGAUGUCUGCAGUCUCCCUCACGAGCUGUUGAUUGUGCAUUAUGUCCAAAUAAAGGUGGUGCAUUUAAACAAACUGAUGAUGGACACUGGGCACAUGUUGUUUGUGCGUUAUGGAUUCCGGAAGUUUGUUUUGCAAAUACUGUUUUUCUUGAACCUAUCGACAGCAUUGACCAUAUUCCCUCUGCUCGAUGGAAACUUACAUGUUAUAUCUGCAAGCAGCGAGGCACAGGGGCAUGUAUUCAGUGUCACAAAGCCAACUGUUAUACUGCAUUCCAUGUUACUUGUGCACAACAAGCAGGCUUGUAUAUGAAAAUGGAACCAGUAAGAGAAACAGGAGCCAAUGGAACCACAGUCAGCGUGAGAAAAACUGCCUAUUGUGAUAUUCAUACUCCUGCAGGAAAUGAAAAACAUCCAGAAAAAGGUGGGGGAGAUGGCAAAGGAAAAGGCAAAGCCUGGAUUGCAAAGAAAGUGAAAGCAGAGUCAAGAAAGAACAUGCGAAAAGCCAGAAAGAUUUUGGCAGAAAAGCGAUCAGCAAUGCCGAUUGUUUCAAUACCACAUAUACCCCAACACAGAAUCAGCAAAAUCACUAGCAAAGUACAUUGUCAGAAGAAAAACGAGUUCUUCCAAAGGCUACAGGGUUAUUGGACUUUAAAAAGGCAAUCUAGGAAUGGUGUACCAUUGCUAAGGCGACUCCAAGCCCAUCAUCAAUCACAGAGAAAUAAAGAACAGAGGGAAAAUAUGGAGAAGAGCAAUGCAUUGAAAGAACAGCUGAAAUACUGGCAGAGGUUGAGACAUGAUUUAGAACGGGCACGAUUAUUAGUGGAAUUAAUUCGCAAAAGAGAGAAACUAAAACGAGAACAGAUAAAAGUUAAUCAAUUCACAGUUGAUAUGCAGUUACAGCCAUUUAAUAUUUUAUUGAAACGAACACUGGACCAACUUGAAGAGAAAGACACUAGUAGAAUCUUUGCUGAACCAGUUUCACCUGAUGAGGUGCCUGACUACCUGGAUGUGAUCACAGAGCCAAUGGACUUCUCAACAAUUCGUACAAGGCUUGAAAAUCAUUUUUAUAAAACCAUUGAUGAUUUUGAGAAAGACUUUGAUUUGAUGAUCAGUAACUGUAUGACUUAUAACGCCAAAGAUACAAUAUUUUAUAGAGCAGCUAUCAAGCUUAGGGAUAUGGGUGGUGCCACUAUCAGGUGUGCCAAGCGACAAGCUGAGAAAGCUGGCUAUGAUCCACAGACUGGUUUACAUCUUGCCAAGGCUCCAAAUGUCCAACAAGCUGAGAUAACAGUGGAAGAAGUUGACAGUUUUCUGGAUUCUGGUAAGCGUGCUGAUAUGUCAUUGGAGAACCAACUGAGAGAAUUAUUAGAGAAAUUAGACAUGACAUGUUCCAUAAAACAUGGAGGAACUCGUUCUAAGAGAGCCAAACAACUGAAAAAGGAGAUAAAUACUAUAAGGCGAAAAUUGAGUCAUCAGAGGGAGCAGAAACUGUUGGGAAAAAAUUCUGCUUCUGACAAACCUAAAAAGAAAAAAGGGCGUCCACAGAAAGAGAAACCUAUUGCUAGUAGUAGUAGUAACAGCAGUACAACUGCUAGUAGCAGUAGUAGUUCAGAAGAUACCUCAAGUUCAGACUCGAGCGAUUCUGCAUCAGCUAAUAAUGCCUCAACAACAACAACAACAGUGACCAAGAAAACUAAAACAUCAGCUAAACUUCCAAUAUUACCAUCCUCUAGGACAUUACAAAGAAGUCAGUCCCUCUCUCCUGGAAGGGGACGUGGUCGUGGUAGAAAACCCAAACGCUUCAAAUCUGAUUCUGAAGCUCCCUUGAUUACAGGACAUAGUAGAAAUUCAUUUACCGUGGAACCAAUUCCUGAAUCAAGUCCACCUGUGGGUGGCAAUGGUGCAACAUUAGGACUAUCAACGCAAGGUGUUGGACGCCGCACAGCAGUACUAUUUAGUAAAAAGGCAGGAAAGAAAUCAGCAUUUCUUAAAGAGACACAAAGGCGACCUGGCAGGCCUCCUGGUCGACCUCCGAAACACAAACCUGACAUUACAGGAGCCGAACUAAGUAAAAAAUCUCCAGGUAGAAUUUCACAGGAUGGAAGUCUACAUGUGGAGACAGAGUAUGAAGGGAACUUGCCUCCAUCUAAUGUACCACAGCCGCAUGGACGUAAACGAGGCCGUAGUACAAGUUCAAGUAGUAUUGACAGUACAAAUCCAGCACAGCCACACACUGCCACCUUGACCAAUGGCUUUGAUGCUGGAAAGCAACAAAGUAAAAGCUUUACUGUGUAUAGAACUGAUCAUAGCCGUCCCAGGAGUAGUUCGGAUUCAGAUAGCAGCACAACAAGUACCAGUGGUAGCGGAACAUCUACCACCUCAUCAUCUGAUUCAAAUUCCAGCAGUUCUGAUGAUUCAAAUCCAAAGAAACCCCGCAAGUUGAAAGUAAACUUUACAGAGGACAGUGAAGGAGAUACAUCUUGUGGUGAAAGUGCUAGUACAAGUGCCCGACUCAAUGGGACAAAUAGAACCAAUUUGCUAAGAGAGCUGAACAAAAGACGGUCCAGUACUAAUUGGGCAUCCGAUGAAGACGACAUACCUUUGCAGCCUUUAGAUCUUGUGUGGGCUAAAUGUAGAGGCUAUCCUUCAUAUCCGGCACUGAUAAUCAACCCAAAGAUGCCAAGGACAGAAUAUUACCACAAUGGAGUGCCGAUUCCAGUCCCACCGGUGGAAGUACUUCGCAACAAACAGCAUUCUGAUGAACAUUUAUAUUUGGUGCUAUUUUUUGACAACAAGAGAACAUGGCAGUGGCUUCCUCGGACUAAGUUGGAACCCCUUGGUGUAGAUUCAGGGCUUGAUAAUGCAAAGCUAAUGGAAGGGAGGAAGUCAUCAAUAAGAAAGUCUGUGCAGCAGGCGUAUGACAGAGCUGUACUGCAUCGGCGGCGUGUGACUGGUGAAACUGCAGAAGGUAGUUCGAGUGAAACCAGUGAGGAGAUUCAUGAGUAAAAUAAAGCUUGCUUAUCCUGAUAUUUUAACUGACUGUAAUUUAGACAAUUCAAAACUGAAAUGCUAACGUAAUUGCUGGCUAUGUAUGUCUUGUUGUAAUAUUGAAUAUCAUUACAGUUUUGGAAAUGGAGAGUGUUGUUGUUGGUCUCGAUAUGUAAAAACACAUAAUACCAAUGAACUGUUCUUGUGUAUGUAAUUCAUUGAUCAAUGAGAACCCAUGAUGUCAUGUAUAUAUAUAUAUAUAUCUGCACACAUCUCAGGGAAUCCAGUUUUAAUGUUGAACUUUGAUGCAAUGUUUCAUUCUACUGUGCUAGUUACACAGUUCAAUCUGGCAUCCCUCAAAAAACAAUCUUGGAUAUGUUGGUCGCUUCAUAUUCAUUGGUGUGCCCACUGUUGGUGAAACUUUAAUACUGACGUAGGCAAAUGAUUUGUUUUUUUUACAAACUAUCUAAAUAAUCCCCCUUCUAAUAACUCCCUGUAUUCACUGUACAACAGCGGAACUGUGGUGUGUAGUUAUAAUGCACUUAGUCUCACAAAAAUGGUAAUGAAAUGUACUCUGUUGCUUUUUUUAAUUUUUUAAAAACAAUUUCCAAACUAGUCCAUAUUUUGAAUUGUACAUUAUUAUUUUGACCCAAGUUAUUCCACUCCACAUGAAAUGACCGUUUGAUUUCUGUGGAGCUUAAUGUUUGGGAUUUAUUUCAUCAUUCUUAUAGUAUUUAUCUAACAAGAAAGUGUAGAAACUGUAUGCAUGUACUGUAGAUGUAAAUAAUUUGCCUGCCUUGAAGUGAAGUUAUGGGAGCACAGAGAUGGACAAUUGUAUGCUUUUUUGGAAAACUUUAUUCUGUAAUCUGUGAACACUUUGUAUGUAUUAUUUAAAUAUCAAUAUUUGCCACAAACUUAUAUACAUAGAAAUGUUUGGUU